AUGAACUCGUACCCUCCUGAACUGCUCGCGCAGUUGGCGCCAGUGAUGUUCGUCGCCGGUCUGGAUGUCCCGACGCCGCCGGCCGAGACGGUGACCACAGGCUCGGGCGAAUCACAACGGCCACAACUGGAUCCAUUCGACGUCUUGAGCAUCCGUUUGCGCGACGCGCUAGUUGCACAACGCAAACCGGCUAUCUGGCAGCCGGACAAGAGCAAGACGUUCCAAGUCAUCCUCGUCGACAAGGAAGUCCGUUUCCCACCGCGAAAGAUAGCGCCUUCCAACGACCUCUCACACUCCCAAGUCUACCACUCGCCACUCUCGCCGUUGACGCCCACAUCGCCGUUGCACCCCGACGGGAUAAUCGCGCCGAUAUGGGUCCGGAAACACACGCAGCUCGUGCCGUCCGUGUUUGUGCUGUUUACGAGAAUAUACGAGAGCCCGCCGGCACAUUUGCCGAAGGCGCCAUUGGAUUUGCCACAUCCGGAUAAGGAGAGCGAGGAGAAGAGGAGGGACGCGGAGUUGGCGGCUGAGAUUGCGGGGAGGAAGAAGAGUACGGGCGAGAGGGGGAUCAAGUUGACCGUCGUGCUCCUGGCCAGCAGGAGGAUGCUAGAUGACCCUACGCUGGACUCGAGAUUGUCGUUCAUACGACGGCAGAGCGGGCUGGACUCUCGCGCGGCAUUGUUUGUCUUGAGCCCAGUCAGCGCUGCAGAACUGUCUGAAUUUAUCAAGAGCUUGCAACAAGCCCUGUACGACCCAGCCGUAGAGUACUACACUUCCCAUUCGAAGCGUGUCCGCCGCAAACGCAACCGUCACGCUCAGACCGGAGGCUAUACAGCGCCAUUACCACCUAUCGCCUCGACACCAGCCCGGCCGCUACGGUCCGAAGGAUGGACGGUACGAUACGAGUACAAGAUGGCGUGUUUCGCCGAGUUUCGCGGUGAAGAUGAGGUGGCGCUCAAACACUACCAGGACGCUUACUCCGUGCUGAUCCUGAUGUUUGGCUCCGCGGCGAUGCUUCCACCUCGCACGAAGCGCUGGGCAGAAGCGAAAGUCCUCGCCGAUACGAUACACAUCAAGAUCUGUAAAUUGUACCUGUACAACAACGAGCACUCCCUAGCUCUCGCGCAACACAACUCCCACAUGCGCAAAUUCGGCGACUUCUCACGCGGCUGGGGCAUAGGCGAAGAGACCUUCGAAUUCUGGAGCUGGAUCGCGCGUCAACACAGAGUAUUCGCCGAGUUACUCGAGCAAGGCUCGCGUUCAACACUCCAAAUACCCACGCACAUACCCACAUCAUCGUCCGCGGCACAAGCGCCCUUAGUAGACGAAGGCAUGCGCGUCCUAGGUCUAAACCCCGCCAACGCGCUCCAACACCCAGGAUUCUUCUACUACCUCGCCGCAGGCGCAGCCGAGAAAAGGAGAGAGCGGUUCAUGGUGAUCGAUCAGGCUGGACCUCAAGCCGUCGCGAACGCGCCGGGAUAUACGAACGAGAAGAAGAUCGAUCAUCUGGCUGUUAUACAGGAGCUGUACACGAAGUCGUAUGAGCUCUUCAAGAAGCAUAGUCCGGCGAAUGCGCAGGGGACGGGACGGUUGAUUCUGCGGAUUGCGUUGAGGAUUGCGCAGACGUAUUGUGAUGCGGGAAAGUUCGACAUGGCCGUCAGAUUCUUCGAACGCAUCGCCAAGACGUACCGUCGCGAGAACUGGGGCGUCAUGUUGAGGCCGCUGUUGCAGACGUGGUACGCGUGCGCGCAACAGCUGGGUGAUGUAGAGCUCAGCGUGCAGCUCUUAGUUGAGAUGUUGGCCCAUGGACGAGAAGGAGAAGACGACGAGGAGAGUGCAGCGGAGGAUCUGCUCGCCGUACUCAAGAACACGAUGCCUUCGAACCCAGAUGAACCUCUCGUGAUUGACCUUGCCGAUGCACGACCAAUCUUGAACACGAGCAUAGUCUUCUACAAGUCGACAGCGGCAGUGAACGAGAGCGUUGCUUUUCAAAUCUCGCUCACGUCCCCGGCAUCGGUCCCGUUAUCUCCGUUGGCCUUCGAUUCGCUCUUGGUACACUUCUCGCACCGGGAAGAGCCCGUUGUGGUCAGGCAUUCAGCGGAUGCGAGCGAUGCAGUCGUACGCAGGGUUGAUCUGGGAGAGGUUGUGGCGGGGUCGGAGGUGGAAGACGUUGAGGGCCAUCUGCGGUGGGAUGCCGGGCACACGCUCGUGUGUUCAGGCGCCGUCGCGUCUGAGGAGCCCAUCGCCAUCACCGUCAGCAAGGUUGUGCUCCGACUGAAGGAGGCUUCCUGGACCGUCGACAUUCCCGUCUCCUUGGCGCACACGCGCGACGAAAGCGUCACGUCGAGCAAAUGGUAUAUCUCUAUCGACCCGCCCAAGACAAUGCCGGUAUUGCGCGCCGAUGCUUCGCAGGUCGCCGUUCAUCACAAACCGCAUCAAGUCGAGGUCACUUUCAAUCACCCUUCACCGGCUUAUCUGGACGAGGAAUACCCUAUCGUUGUAGAUGUGUGCAACAUGGAUGAACGGACGUUCGACGCCGUGCUGGAUGUAUUACUACAGCCUACGGAGAUUGACGACGCUGUGAACAGCAUUCGCAUCGACGAAGAGCGCUCGUCCGGUCUCGUGAAGGACAUCUCCCUCGGCCAAAUAGCACCCGGUGCGACCUCCUCGAAAACCAUCUACCUACACAACACCGGCGCCCCCGGCUCCCGCGUCCUAGACAUCUCUGUUCGAUCCUACGUCUCAGGCCGCGAGACCGACGCUGCGGAAACACUGCGCAUACUCAGUGUCGACGUCCUCGCACCAGUCAAAGUCAAGCACGAUGUGCGAUACGUACGGUCUACGAAGCCCGCGCCCGCGCUUACGGAUCUGAGCGCGUAUGAUCCGGAGUACUGGGACGAUAGUCUUGGUGGAGAGGCGUUCGUGAGCGCCAGUAUCGUUUGUGAGGGGCCGCAUGGGAUUGGGGUUGAGAGUGUGAGGUUGGUUAGGGAGGAAGGGCCUAAUGCGAAGGUUGUCGGGUGUUCGUUGGAUGCGGACGGAGGCGACCUUGUGUCUGACUGGCUCCCGGGCGAUGAGUUCGCGGCGAUCACGCGUGUCAGCAUGAUGGUCGAGGAGGACAUCGAUCCUUCCGAGCCCAUCACUGGUCUUGGCUAUUAUGAACUCAAAUGGCGAAGGUUGGGACAAGACGAUGCUGCGUUAUGCACGAGCAUAUUCAAGCUACCACUCAUGACGCCCCCACGCGACAGCCUCAUCGCCCUCCUCUCUCUUCCGGCAUCCGCCAAACUGCACGCAUCGGCUCCUGCGGAACUCAUCGUGCGAAACCUGCACCACAGCCGCACAGCAGACGUACACAUAUCUCUCGAAACGGACGCUACAGACGGACUUCUCGUGGCGGGCCCACGCAUUUCCCGCAUUCCGUCCUUGCUACCUGGUCAAGAGGUCCGUCUCGCGUGGUCGCUAUUGCCGCUAGAGUGCGGACGCGUGCGGGCGCCGAGGAUACGGGUUGUUGAUCGGAGGAAGAGGAGUACUGGCGAUGGCGGUAUGGCUGCGGUUGAGGAUGAGGGCGUGCUUGUACGCGUGGUGGAUCUGAGGAGGGAUAGCUGGGAUGAGAGGGGCGAGGAGAGGAGUGUUACGAGGAUCGAAGAUGAACACUUCGAUUCACCUUCGUCAGCUCCUGAGAGUACUACGCGGCUCACCCGCAGGAACACGAUGUCUAACCAUGAGACUAGCGAUGAACCCCAUGAAGUCGUUCUCAAGCAUGCGUUGGAUACAUGGAAGUCCUAUGAGGACUCUGAAGAUCUGAAUGUUGGCCUGGAUGCUCUCCGACUUAUGCAAGAGACAGUCAAUCUCGCACCCGAGCCCGAUCUCAUCCCUCGCUUGAUUACCCUCGGCGAGAUGGCGGAGGCACUCUUUGACGAGAGUGGCGAGCUUCAGCACCUCGAUACAGCGAUCUCGGCAUAUCUACGUGCCAUUGAAAGUACCCCCGAUGACGAUACGGACAAAGCGCACCGACUCGGAACUCUCGGGCAUGCAUACGAUAACCGGUUCGAGUGCACGGGCGAUUUCGAGGACCUUGAAGCUGCGGCCACUGCGAAGCGUUUGGCUGUUGAUCUCACUCCAGAAGAAGACGAAGAUCUCCCCGGGCGUCUCACCAAUCUCGGAAACAGCUUACAGCGCCGCUUCGAGUGCGCCGGCGAGAUGGACGACCUUGAGCAAGCCAUAUCUCUAAAGCGGCGGGCGGUCGCUCUGAUACCCGAUGAGUCCGCCGUCCUGCCGGCUCUUUUGAACAACCUCGGCAGCUCUCUUCAGACGCGGUUUGAAGCACUAGGAGAGCUGGGCGAUCUCGAAAGCGCCAUCUCUUUGCUAGGUCGCGCAGCGGAGCUCACUUCUGACGACGCUCCUGAGAAGAUGAUGUGGCUCAGGAACCUUGGCGCGGCUUUACACAUGCGCUUUCAGCGCACCAGUGAUCAGGACGAUCUUGAAAGCGCUCUUUCCAUCCUGUCAAAGACCAUCGAGCUCUUGACAGAAGACAGCACAGACUCAGAGACAGCUGCGUCGCUGUGCACAUUCGGCAUUGCUCUCUGUAGCCGCUUCGAAUCUAUCGGAGACAUUGACGACAUCGACAAUGCGAUAACUGUGCUGGGAGAUGCCGUUGAGCUCACCUCAGACGGUAACAUAGACAAGACCGCGAUGCUUAACAACCUCGGCGGGGCUCUGAUGAACCGAUUUGAGCGCCUUGCAGCAAUGGAAGACUUGGAGCGCGCUAUCUCGGCGUUCCGCCUUGCGGUUCAACUCACGCCCGAAGGUCACCCUGACAAACCCUCGCGUUAUAGCAAUCUAGGAGGCUCGCUCUCAGACCGUUUCGAGCGUCUGGGCCAACUUAGCGACCUUGAAGAUGCCAUCUCUGCCUUUCGCCUCGCUAUUGAGGCCGCACCCGACGUCCAUCCCGGGAAAUAUCGGUGGUAUACCAACCUCGGUAACGCAUAUGCGCGUCUUUUCAAGCGCACGGGAGAGGCCGAUAGCAUCGAAAAGGCUAUCUCAUUACAGCGUCGCGCGGUAGAGCUACUUCCGGCAGAUAAUGCUGGCAAAGCUGCUUUGAUUAACAAUCUCGGCACAGCUCUACUGAGCAGCUUUGAGCAUAGCGGAAGGAUAGAAGACUUAGAUAAUGCUAUAGUAGCACUUCGCAAUGCCGUUGACCUCGCGCCUGAUGAUGAUCCCGAUAAGCCCUUUUGGAUGGGGAACUUCGGGAGUGCCUUGCAGGGUCUGUACGAGCGGAGAGGGAGCCUCGCGGACCUCGAAGAAGCGAUCUCUGUCAAACGCCUCGCUAUCAGUCUGACUCCUGAAGAUCACCCAGGUCGCUCUUCCCUGAUGCGGGAACUAGCAGUGUCGUUACAUGGCCGAUACGAACGCCUCGGCAGCCUCGACGAUCUACAAGACGCUGUCACUGCACAGCGACUUGCGGUCGAGCUAACUCCUGGGGAUCAUCCAAUGAAAGCGGGGCGGCUGAUAGACCUUGGGCGAAUGAUCCAGAGUCGAUUUGAGAUGUCGGGAAAGCUAGAAGAUCUCGAGGAAGCUCUUCGCAGUAUGCGCGAUGGCCUUGGUCUCACGUCGGAUGAUCAUCCAGACAGACCUAUACGACUGAGUAGUAUAGGAAUUUGUUUGAAGAUCCGUUUCGACCGCACUGGAGAGCCCUCUGACAUCGAAGAGGCUGUCUCUGCACACCGGACGUCGAUCGAGAUGACCGAAGAUAGCCUCUCAGUCAAACCUAUCCUUCUAGGGAAUCUCAGCAGUUGCCUUGAACGUCGGUUUGACUACUCGGGACAUAUGAACGAUAUACAUGAAGCUGUCUCUGCUCAGCGUCUCGCGCUUGAUCUUACGCCCGACGAUCAUCCUGACAGGACCACUCGACUAGGCAAUCUCGGGAACUCCUUGUGGAAACGCUUUGAACGUGUUGAGAGACUCGAGGAUCUUGAAGAAGCCAUAUCGGUGCUUCGUCAGGCGAUUGAGCGUACGGCGGAAGAUCAUCCGGAUCGGCCGCAGCGGCUGAACACAUUGUCUGCUGCUUUUGCGAGCCGUUUCGAGCGCCUCGGGGAACUCGACGACAUUGACCGGUCAAUAGCUGUAUCGCGUCUCGCAGUCGACAUCGCACCGGAUAGUCACCCGGACAAGCCCGCAUUCCUUACGAACUUGGGCAACUCCCUGCAAACACGCUUUGACUAUGUUGGGGAGACUAGCGAUGUCGAGGGUGCUAUCGCGGCGCAACGCUCAGCGAUCGAGCUUAUGCCCAAUGACAGACCUGUACAGGAUAGGUGCAGUCUGCUCGAUAACCUUGGGAACACCUUGCAUGCCCGCUACGAGCGUUCUGGCGAGCCCGGUGACAUCGAGGCCGCGAUCGCCGCAAAACGUCAGGCAACAGGGCUCUUGCCUGAUGGCCACAUUGACAAGCCCGGACGGCUGAGCAGUCUUGCUCUGUCCUUAUAUCAACGCUUCCAACACGAUGGCGAUAUCACAGGUUUGGACGAAGCUAUCUCCAUGCAGAGAAUUGCAAUAGAGCAGGGGUUCGAUGACCAUACCCGCAAACUGACCCAACACGCUCGAUUGGCUGUCUUUCUCCAAACUCGUUUUGAAGGCACCCGGAACCGUCCGGAUUUCGACGAAGCCAUAUCGUGCUACCUGGCCGCGAGCGAUCAAAGUCUAGGACUUCCCCUUCUCCGAUUCGCGAGCGCCGCGUCUGCCGCCAGUCUCCUAUCCAACCAUGCCGACUUCGGCCAAACGGACCUCCUCCUGCAAGCGCAUGCGCGAGUCCUUGAUGCUCUCCCAACGAUUGUGUGGCUCGGUCAUAAUGUGAGCAGACGAUACGAGGAAUCGGCGAAGUGGAGCAAGUAUGUCAACGCUGCUGUAGCCGCAGCGAUACAGGCGGGCGCGCUGGUACAGGCUGUGGAGUGGCUUGAAGCGGGAAGAUCGCUCGUGUGGUCGCAGGUGUUGUCUUUGCGCACUCCUGUUGACGAGUUGGCGGCGCAUCGUCCCGAUCUUGCUGAACGCCUCCUGUCUGUAAGAGCGCAUCUCCAACAGGUCGCGCACGUUACAAAGCAGAGGGAUGCAGCUUCCAACGAGGGCUUUGAUAUCACUAGCGACUCCAGUUCCGCUCUCGACGCGGAUGCAACGGUGGACCAUCGUCGAAGGCUUGUCAUCGACUACGAGCAUGUACUCGAAGAGAUCCGCGCAUGUGUCGGUUUUGAGAACUUCUUGCGGCCACCAAAGCUGGCGUUGGCGCCAGGCAUGAUCGACGAACCUGUUGUAUUCAUUAACGUGGACCCUUCUCGAUGCGAUGCUCUCAUUCUCUCACCGGAUGGGGACAUAAGACUCGUCCCGUUGCCUGACCUCACAUCGGACCGCGCGCAGAAGCUUCGCUCUCUGUGGACGCUGCGCCUGAGACAAUGUGCCGUUCGCGAAAGAGCGGCCGUACCGGUGAAUGCAUCACACGGAUCUCGCUCUCUUGACGUGCCUCUCGAGCGCACCUGGGAAUGGAUCGUGGGUCCUGUCAUCCAGAACAUUGGGGAUUACCAGCGACGUUUGCAGAGUCAGGAAGAUGAUCUUCCGCAGAUUACUUGGUGUCCCACCGGGCCCUUGACACAGUUGCCCCUGCACGCUGCUGGCGUAUACACCCAGGCUUCAGGGCCUCGCGCGAUCGACCUUGUGGUGUCAUCGUAUACCCCAUCUCUGUCGGCGCUGUUGCGCAGUCGCGAAGGCGCGCGCGAACCAAUGUCGGCGCUUAGCGUCCUCGUCGUCACUCAACCCGCGACCCCAGGUCUAUCCCGCCUGCCCGGCACAGUAGCCGAGGGGGAGCAGCUUCGGCAGCUUCUGUCCGAGUCCAACAUCACUGUGGAAGCUCUAAACGGCCAGAAUGCGACUGUGACCACGGUCAGUACGGUGAUGAACCGGUACCCUUGGGUGCAUCUCGCAUGCCACGGCUCGCAAAAUGCGAGCGACCCGACCCAAAGCGCGUUCGCGCUCUACGACGGUCCGCUGACCCUGUCUACUCUGAUGGGUACAGCUGCCGACAAAGCAGAACUCGCGUUCCUCUCUGCAUGUCAGACCGCCGUCGGAGACGAGAAGAUCCCCGAGGAGUCCGCCCAUCUUGCUGCUGGCAUGCUCGCCGUCGGAUUCAAGGGAGUCGUCGCGACAAUGUGGUCAAUCGGAGACGCGGAUGCGCCUGUCGUCGUCGGAAGCUAUUACAAAAGGCUACUCGAGAUGCGGAGCUCGGGCAUGACUGGAAAGGGGCAGACGGGAGCGGCGUAUGCGUUGCAUGAGGCAGUGAAGCAUCUGAGAGAGCGGGUAGGGGAGAAGAACUUCGUGAAGUGGGCUCCUUUUGUACAUUUUGGCGUCUGA